CAAAGUUCCAACUUCCAAAUGUUGGCUGCUGGCAAUAAAGUACUAAAAGGAGCUUGGUGAAAUUCAUCAUUAGGUAGUAGUGAACUCCAUUACUGUGAAAGGAAAUACUCCCGUGAAUCAGCUCCAGUUAUAACAAGCAGGCUUUUGAGCUCUUAAUUAGGAACGAACAUCUCCGGCUUCAGUGUGAAAAAAGGAGGAAGGUUGCUGCGUACGUACUCAUGGAGCUCUAUAGUGUGAAACUCAUAAACCAAAUUCAGUAUAUCUCUGACCUCGAUCUCUUUAAUUAUUUCUCUCUAGAUUGUUUAUUUUUCCAGUUCGCCUUGAUUGCUUUGGGUGGUAUAUACUUGUGAGUUUAUAUAAUUUUCAAGGCUAUUGUAAGAAUGAUUGGUCUUUAGCUUUCAGAACUCUCUGGUUGGAUUAGAUUCAAGCUGGGAAAAGAAAAUCCUCAGGCAUUCCCUUGCAUAUCGUCUAUCUUCUACAAAAGUAAACAUCAUGUUUGACCCUAAACCCAUCUUGGGCAUGAGAUUUUAAUUAGGUGGGGUUUUCGUGCCAGAGGAUUGGGCAUCAUCACAAGAAUACUAAUUCUAUUUUGUUACCUACAGGAUUUUACCACUAAGGUUAGGUUGGGUGAAGAUAAGUUUUUUUUUUCUUCCCAAAAGAGAUUAGCCAGAGAAGUCAUUUUGGUGAGAAUAUUAGACAUAGUAGCUUUCUGCAAUUUUCUACGGUUACUAAAUUCUAAAUAUUAUUAUGAGCCAAAAGCAUUACUUGUAUUAAAUUACAUACAUGAGAAAAAAACUAAAUUAAGUUAAUUAUGAGAUGAAUUUUUGUUGUGAGUUAGUAAAAGGAUUACUUUAGGGUAAGUACGUGACUACAAUAUUCAAGUUUGUAUCUAGUUGCAAUAUCUUUCUUAGUGUUCUUCUUCUAGUUUUCGAGCAUGUCUUUCUCUGAACCACAAGUUGUGUGUUUUUCUUUCUUCAACUUUAUUCACUACAUUGUUAUUGUUUUCUUUAUUUACUUCAUGAUAAUGUUUGAAUAAUAUGUGCUUAUUUCUUUUUAUAUUUUUAUUUUUUAAAAGAUGAACAAAGGAUUUCAUUCCUACCCGAAUGGUGACUCGAACUCAUAAACUCGAUCUUAGGUAGUGGGUGCUUUAAACCAUCACAUGAAUUCUACAUGAACAGAUCAGGUUAUGGAAAAUUGUCAAGUCACUUCGUCGUGACAUUAUCGUUUGGUAUUUGGUUUGACUAUCAAAAUGCCUUUAGGGUCUACGAAUGCAUGCGUGCCUCUUAUUUAAUAAAGUGAUAUGAACAUGACCAUGUUUUUUUUUUUUUUUGACGAAAAAACAUGACCAUGUUUGAAGGAUAUAGAUCUACACAAACAAACAUUUAUAUAUAUGCGAUAAAAACCGAUCUCCCUAGGUUAAAAUUGACUACACACUAAACCCUAAUUUAGAAGUUUAUACUUCUUCGAGGAUUUGAGCAUGUAAACAAUCUUAAAUAAGUGAUAGAUUUCUUUUCCCGGUUUUAGAUCGUUUGUCCCAAUUUUAUGCAAGAGCUAGUUAGGCUUAGCUAGGCAUGAGCUGUAACUCGAUCAUCCAUCCUCAUACUAAUGUAGAGAGAUGGCUAAUUUUCCAGAUGACAAUUAGACUGAAAGUUUUAAGUGUCGACCCAGUUACGGUAAAAUAGGUAUUAGGGGUUGGUGAACAGUCAGGUUCUCCGUAAAUUCCAAUGUGUGCAUAAGAUUAAUCUCAUAUAAGCCACUAUAUUAAGUUGGGCUGCUGUUUCAUAAAAACAGCUAAUCUAACUCGUUAGUCACUUUUUAAUUUAUGGUUGUUCCAGAGGUGCACAUGCUCUUCUAUCUAUUGAGUACAACACUAGCUAAAUGUAUGGUUGACUGUUGAAAAUGUUGUACUGAAAUGUUUGAAAUGCAUGUGUUGAAAGCACUCUCCACUGAGUCUCCAGAUCACUAGCUCCAGUGAAAUACAAUUGAAAGCCACUAUAGCUACGACCAGUAGUACUCUAUGGUGCUACGUAUACCAAUCCUUGUACUUCAAAGCUUUUAUUCCUUUGGAAGCUACAAUCCACCUCAAACAAUUGUAAUAUAUUUGUUGUAAAACUUUCUCAACUCUACUCACCAAAACAAAGGUGAAACAAUUUAAAAAAAAUCAUAAGAGCGUGUGUUUAGUUUGUAACAGUCAUAAAUUAUCAGUGACAAAACUGAGAUAAAAAAAAUUAAACAUUUAUAACAUGUGGUAAUAAUUUGUGAAAUAGACUAAUACAUUACUAAACAUUUUUGCUAUAAAUUAGAAUUAUGCAGAACUAUACCAAACCAAUUAACACAUAACGAUUGCUCAAAAACACAUUACUGAGAUAUUAAUACAUGUUAAUUUUUACGUCCCCUCUAAAACGAGCCGGUCCAUGAGUCUAUCUCGAUCUCUUUUUCUUUCCACUGCCGAAUCCCACCCACUCCCUCCCUUGUCCUGAAAUGAUGAAUAGCCCUAAGAAUCAACAGAAGAACAAGAAAGAAUAAGGCACAUACAAGACGCAACAGAACGUAGCUUUCAUUUAGUGCUACAUUCUUAGAUCAACCAUUCAACCAUAAUAAACAACAAUGAAAAGAGAAUUCGAAACUUUUAUUUUUUUGAGUCAAGAAAAAAGAACAUACCAUAACAAUAAGAUUUAUAUAGAAACUUUUAUAAUAUACGUGGAUGGUAUAUAUAUUCGGUGGUGUUAUUGUUUUGUUUCUGGUCCCUCUGGGAACUUGGGUCCCCGAUAAGCCCUCUGUUCAUCUCUCUCUCUGAUACAAAGCUACCUUGUCCGUUUCUUGCUUUUCUUCUCUCUCAGUAUUGCUGCGCUCCGCGUUACAUGUCUUUUCCCACAGAUUCCGAACACCGCGUUCUGCGACCACUUCACUCCCUUUUAAACAAAUCACUCUCCUCCUCCUACCCUCUGCAUUGUACGAAAUAACCAAUCAGAAUCACCACCGCGGUAUUGUUUAUAUUAUCAUCUUAAUCAUAUUAUAUACAACUAUACACAACUCUCUCUCUGCUGCUGUGAUCUUAGUUUGGUUUAGUUUCUUCCAUCAUCAAUGAGGGCUCAUCCCAGGCACGAACGCCGAUGGGCCUCGGACUCGGUCCCGGAGAAGACGCUAGUCAGCACUGGCACGUCCCCCGGGACUGAGUCUACCUCGGCGGAGGAGUUCGUCGAGGUGACGCUAGAUUUGCAGGACGACAACACCAUCGUCCUCCGCAGCGUCGAGCCGGCGACGGUGAUUAAUAUUACAGACGACAGAGGAGCCGAGGCUACUCCGGCGUCUUCCUCCAGGUCGCCGUCGAUAAGGCGGAGCUCGUCCAACAGCAGAAUCCGGCAGUUCUCUCAGGAGCUGAAAGCGGAGGCGGUGGCCAAGGCCAAGCAGUUCUCUCAGGAGCUCAAGGCCGAGCUGAGGCGGUUCUCGUGGAGCCAUGGAAAUGCGUCGCGGGUGCUGGCGGCUUCUUCGGCGGUUGCUUCUCAGAAUGAUGGCGGAGGCGGAGGAGGAGCCGGGAGCGGUUAUUAUGACUCGGCUCUGGCGGCGAGGGCUCUGAGGAGGCAGCGGGCUCAGCUCGAUCGAACCCGCUCCGGAGCGCAGAAGGCCCUCCGAGGACUGAGGUUCAUCAGCAACUGCAAGAACAAGAGCAAUGGCGUGGAUGCAUGGAACGAGGUGGAGAGCAAUUUCAACAAGCUCGCCAAAGACGGCAACCUCUACCGCGCCGAUUUCGCCCAAUGCAUAGGAAUGAAAGAUUCGAAGGAGUUUGCUCUGGAACUGUUCGAUGCGCUGGGCCGGAGACGAAGACUAAAGGUGGAGAGAAUCAGCAAAGACGAGCUUUACGAGUUUUGGUCGCAAAUUUCCGAUCAGAGUUUCGAUUCAAGGCUUCAGAUCUUCUUCGACAUGGUCGACAAAAAUGAAGAUGGAAGAAUUACCGAAGAAGAAGUAAAAGAGAUCAUCAUGCUGAGUGCUUGUGCCAACAAGUUAUCAAGAUUGAAGGAACAAGCAGAGGAAUAUGCAGCCCUGAUCAUGGAAGAGUUGGAUCCUGAAAGACUUGGCUAUAUUGAGCUAUGGCAAUUGGAGACCCUUUUGCUCCAAAAGGACACGUACCUAAACUACAGCCAAGCACUGAGCUACACGAGCCAAGCCUUAAGCCAGAACCUCCCAGGCCUCCGAAGGCGAAGCCCGAUACGCAGAAUCAGCAGCAAGUGCCUCUACUACUUGCAAGAAAACUGGAAGAGACUCUGGGUUUUGGCACUCUGGGUGUGCAUUAUGAUCGGACUUUUUACGUGGAAGUUCUUUCAGUACAAGCAGAAAAAAUCCUUUCAUAUAAUGGGGUACUGUCUUCUUACCUCCAAGGGCGCGGCAGAGACGUUGAAGUUCAACAUGGCUCUGGUGCUGUUACCGGUGUGUAGAAACACCAUUACUUGGCUCAGGAACACCAGGCUCGGGUUCGUUGUGCCUUUCGAUGACAAUAUCAACUUCCAUAAGAGCAUUGCUGCAGCCAUUGUAAUCGGUGUUAUUCUCCAUGCUGGGAACCAUCUUGCGUGUGAUUUUCCGAGGCUUAUAAAGGUGUCUGAAUCAGUCUAUGAGGAGUAUUUGCAUGACGACUUUGGAACGCAUAAACCCACAUACGUAGAUUUAGUUAAAGGGGCCGAAGGAGUGACUGGAAUUAUAAUGGUGGUAUGCAUGGUAAUUGCUUUCACACUCGCAACAAAAUGGUUCAGGCGGAGCCUCAUUAAGCUGCCCAAGCCCUUCAAUAGGCUCACUGGUUACAAUGCAUUUUGGUAUUCACAUCACUUAUUUGUCAUCGUCUAUGCCUUGCUCGUUAUCCACGGAGUCUUCCUCUAUCUUGUGCACAAAUGGUACCUUAAGACGACUUGGAUGUAUCUUUCCGUUCCAGUUAUACUAUAUGCUGGUGAAAGAAUCCUGAGAGUCUUCCGGUCUGGCUUUUAUACUGUCCGUCUUCUGAAGGUUGCUAUUUAUCCGGGAAAUGUUCUCACAUUGCAAAUGUCUAAGCCACCCCAGUUUAAAUACAAAAGUGGACAGUAUAUGUUUGUUCAGUGCCCGGCUGUUUCCCCUUUUGAGUGGCAUCCGUUUUCAAUUACAUCUGCUCCCGGUGAUGACUACCUUAGCGUUCACAUCCGUCAGCUUGGUGACUGGACACAAGAGCUUAAGAGGGUUUUCUCAGAAGCCUGUGAGCCUCCCUUAGCUGGGAAGAGUGGCCUGCUAAGGGCUGAUGAAACCACCAAGAAAAGUUUGCCCAAGCUUUUAAUAGAUGGACCUUAUGGUGCCCCGGCACAAGACUACCGGAAAUAUGAUGUCCUGCUACUUGUUGGUCUUGGGAUUGGGGCGACACCUUUCAUUAGUAUUUUGAAAGAUUUGCUCAACAAUAUUGUCAAAAUGGAGGAACAGGCAGAUUCUCCCUCAGAUUUCAGUAGAAAUUCAGACCUAAGUUCAGGAAGUACAGAUUCUCCCAACAAGGUUUAUCUGAAACGAAAAAAGCCACUGAAGACCACCAAUGCCUACUUCUAUUGGGUAACUAGGGAGCAAGGCUCAUUUGAUUGGUUCAAAGGAGUGAUGAAUGAAGUUGCAGAUCUUGAUCAAAGGGGUGUCAUUGAGAUGCACAACUAUUUGACUAGUGUGUAUGAGGAAGGCGAUGCUCGGUCAACACUCAUCACCAUGGUCCAAGCUCUCAACCAUGCUAAGAAUGGGGUUGAUAUUGUAUCUGGCACUAGGGUUCGCACUCAUUUUGCAAGGCCUAACUGGAAGAAAGUUUUCUCAAAAUUUUCCUCCAAGCACUAUGGUGCAAGGAUAGGGGUAUUCUAUUGUGGAGCACCAGUUUUGGCCAAAGAACUCAGCAAGCUUUGCUAUGAGUUCAAUCAAAAAGGUCUAACCAAAUUUGAAUUCCACAAGGAGCACUUUUGAAAGAUUCCUGGCAUGCAUAUAUAAGUACAGCGCUUAUGCCUCAGCUUCUCCAUUCAACUCCAUUACUUGCAGAAAGAAAUUUUGCAAUAAUCUUAGUUCAAUAAAACGAAGAGGAAUUUUGUACAGUCUUGGGUAGAAAAAAAGACAAAAAAAAAACAAAAUGAUGUAUACAUAUAUUUAGUAUAUAUAUAUAUAUAUAUAUAUAUAUAUAUAUAUAUAUAUAUAUAUAUAUAUCGAAGCAAGCAAGCACAACCAGAAGAAAUGUUCUGGUUAUAGUGAGAUUGAUGAUUAGGAAUCUCAAUGAUGCAAUAUUAGCCCUGCACUGCACUAGUGGCCUAAGAUGGGAUCAUAGGUGAGGUGUAGCAAGUGGCCUAAACUGUCAUUGUAGGGGAAGGUACUAGCUUAGAGUGUGGUACAGCUACAAUGGAGAAGUUGACCCAAAGUUGGUAAAAGGUUUGAAUGGGGUGAGUGGUAGACACCCAUUGGUGGGGAGAAGAAGACAGUUUUGGAAAAGGAGAGAAACUGAGGAAGGUUCUCUGAACUUAUGGAUUGAGGUGAGGUGGGAGUGAGAUGGCUCUGUCCGUUUGAGGAAACUCUUCCUUGUUCAUCUUUUGUGAAGUGGGCUCAGAGAAUCCUUCUAGAAUGUUGAGGAUUAUGAUGCAGAGGACCACAUGGAAUGCAAAUAUUUUUAUAGGGUACUUUACAAUAAUAGAGUUUUGCCUGUAAAUGAGGAUCAUACUUUUAGUUUUUCUCAUUGGGGGUCAGAUCCAUAUGAAUGAAGCAUAGUAUUGCAGUA